AUGGGUCUGUAUUCUGCAUUACUGGCUAUAACUGCCGUCUUUCCUCUCACAUCUGCCCAGAAUGUCGUUAGCCUCGUUGGCAAUGACUGGACACUUUCUAAUGAUCUCCUGAACGUGUCUGUACCAGCUCAUCUGCCGUCUCAGGCGCAUCUUGAUCUGUUCGCCAAUCAGGUCAUAGGUGAUCCAUACUAUGGCUUGAAUGAUUUCAACCUUCGCUGGGUUGUUUGGUCAAACUGGACAUACACAUCGGCACCCAUCUCCGGUCUAUCGAGCAAUGGAUCCAGCACCUGGCUGCUCUUCAACGGACUAGACACCUUCGCCUCUAUUGAGUUCUGUGGACUGCAUGUCGCAAGCACUAACAACCAAUUCCGACAAUACUGGUUCGAUGUUUCUUCGAUUCUGAACUCCUGCGAUGAAGCCGAUAGGCAGAUCUCCAUCAAUUUCGGCUCCGCACCUCUGAUCGCAAACGAUAUCGCAAGUCAGCCAGGUCAGGAGACUUGGCCCGCCGGAGUUCAGCAAGUCUUCGAGUUCACGAAUCGAUGGUUCAUUCGCAAGGAGCAGUCGGACUUUGGCUGGGACUGGGGUCCAGCUUUUGCGCCUGCUGGCCCAUGGCAGCCUGCAUGGGUUGUGCAGCUCGACAACAACGAGGUCUACGUCCGCAACAGCAUCGUCGACAUAUACCGAGAGGGUCAAAUGCCGCUUGUGCAGCCAGAUCAGAGCAAGGAUUGGGUUGUGAACGCAAGCAUCGACUACUUUGGUGAACUGCCUGCGGGUGCUACAUUGUCUUAUACCUUGACGGAUCUGGAGAACACCACGAUAUCCAUCGGUGGCUUGAGUAAUGUCAACUGUACAGAUAGCACAGUCACCGGUGAGACCAUGAUUCCAGCAUCAAUGGUCGAUCUCUGGUGGCCAUCUCAGCUUGGCCCGCAAACAUUAUACUACAUGAGCAUCAAUCUGGUCUCUACUUCGAACAAAACCCUGGCUGCUGUGACCAAGCGUGUAGGGUUUCGCACGAUCGUGCUGAACGAGGACCCAAUCUCGGAUGUCCAGCUGGCUCAAGGUAUUGCUCCAGGGAACAACUGGCACUUUGAGAUCAACGGCUACGAAUUUUACGCCAAAGGCAGCAACUUCAUUCCUCCGGAUGCUUUCUGGGCGAGGGUCACCCCUGAGAGGAUCAGUCAGCUCUUUGACUCUGUCAUUGAUGGAAAUCAAAACAUGCUGAGAGUGUGGGCCAGUGGCGCUUAUUCUCCGGACUUUAUGUAUGAUCUUGCAGACGAGAAGGGGAUUCUCCUGUGGUCAGAAUUCGAGUUUGGCGACGCCUUGUACCCUGUGGAUGAGGCCUUUCUGGACAACGUUCGAGAGGAAGCAGAAUACAACGUGCGACGUGUCAAUCACCAUCCUUCCUUGGCCUUGUGGGCCGGUGGGAAUGAGUUGGAGAAUCUAGAACUAUCUCUGGUCAACCAGUCUGCACCGGAUCAGCUCGCAAAGUAUACUGCUCAGUACGAAACUUUGUUCCUCGACACACUGCUGCCUGCCGUGUUCGGCAGUUCGCAUUCGAUCUCGUAUGCACCCAGUAGCACAAGCAAUGGCUGGCAGUCGCUCGACUUUCGCAAGGCCAUUCCGAUCACCGAGCGCUACAACAAUCUUACCGCUGGCUAUAAUUACGACCCUGCAGUCUUGUACAACGACUCAGCUCUGCCCAUCGGCCGCUUCUCGAAUGAAUUCGGCUUCCACUCCAUGCCAUCGGUUCAAAGCUGGCGGCAGCAGAUCUCGGAAGCAGAUCUGAGCUUCAACAGCACCGUGGUUACUCUCCGCGACCACCACCCUCCACCUGGUGGAUUGAACGCCAGCAACUUUGCGAACGCUUCAAUCGGCCAGGCUCAGAUGACUGAAGCCGUAGAGCUGUGGUACCCAGUCCCAAACAAGACUGACAGUGUAGCCAACUUCUCCGCGUGGUGUCAUGCUACUCAGAUCUUUCAGGCAGACCUCUAUACAUUUGAGAUUGAGUUCUAUCGUCGAGGAUCUGGAUUGCCUGAACGCCAGCUCGGAAGUCUGUACUGGCAGCUAGAGGACAUUUGGGUAGCUCCGACGUGGGCUGGCCUCGAAUAUGAUGGCCGCUGGAAGGUACUGCACUACGCUGCCAAGGAUAUCUACGAGCAUGUCAUCGUUGCACCAUACUACAACAUCACCACAGGCAAUCUGAGUGUCUGGGUGACUUCUGACCUAUGGUCACCGAUAAGUGGCAAAGCAACUUUCGCGUGGUACGACUGGAAUGGUGACAAACUCGAUAUCAACAUGACCGCAUCGACGAACUUCAAGGUCGGUGCCAUCAACUCUACACAAGUCUUACAGGCCUUUACGACGGAGGCACUGGCUGGAAAAGACAUGACCAACGCCGUCCUCCAUAUGACAGUCGAAGCAGAAGGCUCAUUACCCAACGACAACCAGACCCGCACUUUCAAGCACGAGAACUGGCUUCAUCCCACAGCGCUGAAGAACGCUCAACUCGUUGAUCCUGGUCUGCAACUCAGCUACUCGAACAGCACGAAGAACUUCACGAUUGAAGCCACAAGUGGUGUAGCGGCCUGGGUCUGGCUGGAUUAUCCUGCUGGAGCGGUAGUCAAUUUCGACAGCAAUGCUUUCUGGUUGUUGUCGAAUCAGACAAGGGAGGUCAGCUAUAAUGUCAAGAGCGAUACCACGAAUGGUGGGUGGAUUGAGGGAGUCACUGUACAGAGUCUUUGGAACCAGACUUUGUCGACAUAG